GCGGCGCUCGGCAAGGACCGCCGCCUGAAAGAUGGCGAGGAGGCGAUCGGCGGCGGACGCGGCGCUCUCGCCGCUCCGGCGACCGCCCGGGUCGCGGCUGCCGUCCCUCGCCUCGCUGCUCGAGCCGCUGCUGCUGGCGCUGCUGCUGCUGCUGUCGCUCGUGCAGCCCGGGGCGCAGGACUCGUUCCCUCAGGGGGAGAGCAUCAGGUACUGGGCGCGGAGGAUCGAGAACGAACUGGACCGGGUGCUGCAGCUUGCCAGUGGCGUGGACCAGCUGAAACAGCUAUACAAAGAACAAAAGAACGACUUUGAUAUUGAGGAAAAUGAAGAUAAGAAACUGGUGGAGAACGUGUCGGCCGAAAUUGAGAAGCUGUUGACGAACAAAGUGAUAGCACUAAAGAAGCUAACGGAAACGGCAGAAACAUUACAGAAAAAUCACCAGUGGAAUGAUGACAUCAAGGAAGAAAAUGUCACCUAUUUUAAUGCAAAACAACACAUUAAGCUCGACGUUAAGCCCUAUGUGCAGUUCCCCAAGAUGACAAACGAAGGCGAGGACGAGGGGGAGGAGGAGGUGUUCCCGAACCAGAUAGACGCCAAGUUCGAAACCGACCCGGCGUUCAAGCGUCCCGUCAAUGACAGCUACACGGCCGUGCACAUUCCCACGGACAUCUACCGGGGCUCGACGAUAAUUCUGAACGAGCUGAACUGGACGGCGGGGCUGGAUGAGGUGUUCAUAAACAACAAGAAGGAGGACCCCACACUGAUGUGGCAAGUGUUUGGCAGCGCCACGGGGCUCACGCGCUACUACCCAGCGUCUGAAUGGAACAAGGAAGGCAAAGGGGUGGACAUGUACGAUGUGCGAAGACGACCUUGGUACAUCCAAGGAGCAGCCUCUCCAAAAGACAUGCUCAUACUUGUUGACGUGAGCGGCAGUGUCAGCGGCCUCACGCUCAAUUUGAUCAAGACGUCCGUCCUGAACAUGCUUGAAACACUGGCCGAUGACGACUUCGUGAAUGUUGUGUCGUUCAACAACACGGCUAACUCGGUGGCGUGCUUCAACCACCUGGUCCAAGCCAACGUUCGCAACAAGAACGUUCUGAAGGCCGCCGUGAACAAGAUGUUGGCCAAAGGGGUCACCAACUACACGGCGGGCCUGGAGUUUGCGUUCAACCAGUUGCUCAAUUUCAACAACAUAUCGCGCGCUUUCUGCAACAAGAUGAUCAUGCUGUUCACUGACGGCGGGGAAGACCGCGCCCAGGACAUCUUUGAGAAGUACAACUGGCCCAACAAAACCGUACGCGUGUUCACAUUCUCAGUCGGGCAACACAACUAUGACGUCACGCCCAUCCAGUGGAUGGCGUGUGCCAAUAAAGGUUACUACUUUGAGAUUCCUUCCAUUGGGGCCAUUCGGAUUAACACACAGGAGUACCUGGAUGUCCUCAGCCGCCCCAUGGUGCUGAAAGGGCCUACUGCCAAGCAGGUGCAGUGGACCAACGUUUACCAGGAUGCCCUGGGGCUGGGUCUGGUCAUCACAGGUACGAUGCCGGUGUUCAACACAAGCAUGCAGGGGGACAAACAGAAUCAGCUGAUCCUAGGUGUGAUGGGUGUCGACGUGUCUCUGGAGGAUGUAAAGAGACUCACCAAGGAGUACAUUCUCGGCGCAAAUGGGUACUUCUUUGCUAUCGAUCCCAACGGAUACGUGUUUCUGCACCCCAACUUGCUGCCCAAGCUCGCGAGCUUUUCUGAGCCAGUGACGCUCGACUUCCUGGACGCCGAGCUGGAGAAUGACAUCAAAGUGGAGAUUAGAGAGCUCAUGAUCAAAGGAGAGUCUGGCACAAAGACGUUUGAAACGCUAAUCAAGUCAUUGGAUGAGAGAUACGUGGAUAAAGGUUUGAGGACGUACACGUGGAAGCGAGUGCGGGAGACAGACUACAGCCUGGCCUUGGUGAUGCCCUCGUACAGUCUCUACCGCAUCAAGGCCCGGCUGAGUGACGAUAUCACGCAAGCCAAGUCCAAUCUGAACAAAAAUAAGGAUUUUUCGUCCAUGUUACCUCCAUCUUCCCACUCUGAAACCAGGGGACAUGUAUUCAUAGCCCCCAGGAAGUACUGCAAAAAUAUGAAAAUAGUGAGAAACAACACUGAGUUCCUCCUCAACUUCAUCGACGAGAUAGAUAACAAAUCGCCAGAUGCACCCAACUGUGAAAAGGAGUGGAUUUAUAACCUCCUCCUGGAUGUAGAAAUCACCAACAGGUUGGCGAAGGAGGCAUGGCAGGACCUGAACAAGAGCACGCACGGGAUCAAGACGUUCUUUGUCGCGACCGACUCGGGUGUCACACGCAUUUAUCCACUCGAGGAGGUUGAAGACUGGGACGAGGAACCAGAGCCGUACAAUGCCAGCUACUACAAGCGCAGCCUGGACAAUGAGGGCUUUGUCUACAAGCCCGUGAUUCCAGUCGGUAAAGGGGGCAGUUACGACCCUUCCAACAUUAGCAUCUUGGCCAGCAGAGCCGUGGAGGUGGAGAUCGACGGCAAGGUGCUCAAGCCAGCAGUGGUUGGAGUCAAGCUCGAGCUGGAGGUUUGGACGGCCAAGUUCAAGCUCCUGGCCAGCAACCACACGGGGGAGGGCCGCAGCAAGCGCAGCAGCAACUGUGACAGUCUUGGAAGCUGUGAGAUGGACUGCGAUCUGUCCAGCAAGGAGCUGCAGUGUGUCAUCCUGGAUGAUGGAGGGUUCCUCAUAAUGUCCAAUCAAGAAGACCAAGAGAAAAAGGUCGGAGAAUUCUUUGGUGUCGUGGACCCGAGUUUGAUGCGCGCUCUGUACAACGUGUCUCUGUUCGCCAAAGUCGAGUCGUACGACUAUCAGUCGACCUGCGACCCCGAGAAAGAGCAAAAGGCGGGAGCGGCGCCCAGAUCCAUCGCUAUCCCGAGGAUUUCGGACGUGCUGAACGUCGCAUGGCUGGCUUCAGCGGCUGCUUGGUCUCUGCUGCAGCAGCUGUUCUACUCGCUCACCCUUCAGACGUGGUACAGUGCAGAGUUCAGCUAUGCGGAUGGGGCCAACUACAAGGAAAAGGUCAGCUGCAUCACCCUCCAGACCCAGUACUACUUCCCCAACAACAAAACCACCUUCCAGGAGCUCAUGGACUGUGGCAACUGCUCCAGGUUCUUUUUCGCGGAGAAGCUGGCCAACUCCAACCUGGUGUUCGUGGUCUCGGAGAAGAUCAUGUGUCCCAUGUGCGACAACAGGCCUCUUAUACAGGCUGAGCAGAGGUCGGACGGCCCGAACAUGUGCGAGCUCGCGCCGCGCUACAGAAAGGGCCCGGACUCCUGCUUCGACUACAACAUCCUGGAGGACACGUCGGACUGUGGCCGAGGCUCGAUGCUGCAGCCAAGUUUCCUGGCGCUGGUCGGUCUGCAAGUGGUGGCGCUCUGGCUGUUCAGCCCCAUCCACUUCUGCCCUUCGUGAGGACUCUGCUGUCAACACAGAGCCACAGUGGUCCCCCCCGGAAAAAAUCUCCCCCCCCCCCACUCCCAUCCUUAACCCAGGAUUGACGCUCCCAGCUGUUGACGCGCUGCUGCGUGUGUGUUUUGUCAGCGCUUGCCUGGCCGACGGAAGUGGCUCGCAAUGAGCCGAGGUGUUCCCGCGAUGGUUCUCGCGAAAAAAAAAAAGGGUGUGCGUUGGCGUGCAGGCGUGCCUGAGAGCGUGCGUGCAUUUGAAGCGUGCGCGUGGCUGUUGUGUACGUGUGUACACGCGUGAGUCUAAAGCGCCUGCAUGCCUUUGUUUGGCUGUGUUGUUUUGGCACGUGCUUAAUUGCCCAUUGGAGGGCAGUUCCUUGAAUUGUGAGUCUCUCGUCGCGCACUGCCACCAACGCCCGCUGAACACCUCCCCUCUCCCCUCCCCCUCGAUCAGUCGGAGACCAUUGAUGUCCUCGCUUCACCACGUGGCUGCUUUGUCCGUGAUGUGACCCCGACCCGAAUUUAGCUCGAGAGGGCUUUUUGAACAGUGCCGUCACCUUGUUCCCAGCAUUGGACAAUGUGAUUUUUUUCUUCCGUCGAUUUCAUUGCAUUCUGCAGCAUAUUUUGUCAACGUUCGAUAUCUUUUUCUUUUUGCAUUGGCUUCUCGUGAGCGCGUGUUUGCCGGACGAGUGCGACGGGCGUUUAGUGCGCCACGCCGAGGAGUCUGCGUCAGUUUUAAAAUACGGCGGAUUUUUUUUCCCUUUUUUUUCCAUCAUCCGAUUGAAAUUUAUUUUAUAUAAAAAAAAACCUCGAUGGAAACUUCAGUUUUUCUAAUUUUGCCAAACCAUUCUGAGCAAUUAGCAUCAACUUACGCGCGUGUGUGUUUGAGGAUUGUUGCUACAUGCACACGUCUGCACGUGCGCCGAGUGGGGUGUUUUUAAAGCCUAUUACUUUACGUUGUGAGACCGGCCAUUAAAACGGACAAUUUGAUCGGCGUACAGAUUUGGUUGCUUGUCAAAUGCGUGGAGAUUUUGUUUUUGCCUGCACGGAAAUUUUUCUGAACGAAUCGACGUUUCUGUACGAAAAAGCCAAGUUGCCCGUCAGUGUUUUUGUUUUGUGUUACGAGAUUUUGUUUGGCUUCGCGAUCACGUGACCACGUGUCGUAAAAUUGGCCACACACUCUCCCCCUUCACAGCUGCUUUGGGGAUGUUCGAGAAAUGGCCAACUGGUUGGCCAACAAGGGAUUAUGGUAAUUCAACAAUAAUUAAUUAUUUACAUUCAAUUAAUCGCUUCAGUGGAUGGCUAGUCUGGUAUCGUAAUUAAUAGGCUCCCCACCCCCCCAACCCCACGUUCUAUGGGACACAUCUUGGUGUCUUUCACUAAUUUGUAGCACAGUCUCCCCUCCAGGAAAGUGCACGUUAAUUUAGUAGUAACUCAUUAAUGUAAGAUAAGCACUGAAUUGCUUUUGUGCUGAAUAAUUAGUGAUGUUAAUUACAUUUCACAACACCAGAAGCCAUUUUUUUGCCGUUAAAUAAAUCCUUUGAUUUCCACGAACUGUGCGACAAACAUCGCUCAUGCACGCAUAGCGUUACGACUGUGGCUUCUCCUUUACAUUUCCCGUCUACAUACGAAUCUCAUCUUUGAAAUGUUACCUCUUUAACUUGCGCAUUAUUUUUUCAUAUGGCCUGCCUUGGGAGAAUGAGUGGAAUUAUUUCCUGCAAACGUUGCUUUGAAAUGGAUCCCUCGGUGAGAUUGCUUGUUGGUGUUUUUAUUUUCCUGCUGAAUUUUUAUUAUUGUUGCCACUCGCCGCAGAGAGUCUAUUAAUAACACUUUGUGGGCACGGGGGCAUCAUUAGCGCCACUCUUCGAAGCGAUGCUCUCUUCGGAAACGCGGUUCUGCGCGGCGGGGUUUCUACAAAGCGAGCAGAGGGAGAGAGAGAUAUCUUAAUGCUGGGGCUCACUCCUCGCAGUGCUGGCUGACAGAAGGAAGCCAACUCGUAUCUCCUGUGUUUAAAAAAAAAAACACACCCGCGCACAUCUCGGUUUUCAUAAAAACAACAACAGAAGCCAUUUUGUUGAUGUACAUUUUUGUGGAUGAGAGAGGCGACGUGUACGCUGCUGAUUUGCUGCAAUUUUAGCUGUUCCUUUUGGGAGAGUCACAAACUGGCCCUUUUAUUUGUAAUCUAUUUUGAAGAUUAUGAAUGUGUGAAGUACACAAUAAGGAGUGCAAUCGAUGGGAUUAUUUAUGAAUAAAAUGGGGUUAGCUCGUGGAAGGUUGGUGCACCGAGAAAGCCACGCAAAAGAAUCCCGCGUAUUUGAGAUGCGUAUCGCACUGAUUUUUACAUUUGGCAGGAUAUAAACAAAAUAAAUAAGCAAUGUCUCCUUCAUAUGUCUUUUAUUGUUUUCAGUUUUUAUUGUAAAAUUUUGCAUCGAACUAAGACCCAUAAUCCUGAAGGGAGGGGGGGGGGGGGGUCUUGCCUGUAACACCGGCAGUUUCAGCAGCAUUGUUUCAAGCAAGCCUGACCGUUGAUGAGACGCUUGAUGUUCAAUUCGGUCCAGGGUUCGCUUGCCUUGAAUAAAUGCUGGUGAAAUGAUGCACUCCCCAGAAUGCCCGUGUCGCUGAUGGGUUGUGUAAGAAAUACUUUAAAACAUUUUUAUCUGAAGAGAUGGAUAGAUGACAGAUGUAUUGUCUGCUUAUUUAUUUUGUUAUUUACAUUUGGCAUGUCGUCACGUUUAAAUAACGAGCUGUAUAAACUUUCUGAAAUCACUUUACUCGUUACUGUCAUUCGAAUUUAUUUGGCUCUUCGGCAGGAAGUAAAAUGCUAUCUAUCGAUUUUCGGCACAACAUUGGGCGUUGUGCCGCUUCAAUUAAUAUCGAUAUGUCGAUUGACAAGCGAGUGGUGUGAUUUUUUUACCGGUAGUUCUUCGUGAGACUCGAUUUUGCCUUAUCUGCCUUCGUGCAAUAUUGUGUGUGCUUUAAAAAAACAACUCUGCGUGGCAGUUUUUAGUCCGUGACCUGUUCGCAUGGUUACUUUCAAAAGCUCUCUAUAUCUUACACCGUUUCAAGUAAAGAUUUUAUUGUGCCAAUCUUAAAUUUAGUCGUACGUGGAUGGGUUGGCCUGUUUUAAUUCAAUUCUGCUUGCUUGUGGUUACUGAAAAUGGGAGAAAAGAAAAAAAAUACUAUAUUUUGCUCAGCAACCUUUUGAUUGUUUAAUGCCUUGCUUAUUAUUGCAUAUAUAAGCGUAUUGACACCUUAGGAACGUAUCAUUUUAUUUGGCAUAUCUAAUGUAGAUAAUAUACGUAACUCAACGAAAAGAGCCUUACUGCCUCACUCAUCAAUUUAAAAGCUGAUUUGUAUUGCUGUACUCUACAUUAUAAGCUACGUUUUUGGUUUGGGCUGUGUAUUUUUUAAAGCCCUUUGUGAAGUGUAACAUUUUCAGGCUGCAUUUAUUUAUUGGCGCGCAUUUUACCGUCAAUGGCAGACGGAGCACCGACACACCAGCGGGGCUUGCUUUUGAAGGCCCCCCACUUUUUGCCAUAACGUUUAGGCCAAGCGCCGUGGCGUAGCACGGGUUGGCAUGGUGCCCCUCGUGCAAGGAGUGAAAUACGGGGGCACGUGUCCACUUUGCCUCCCUCCUUUGUAGCCCCGUGCCUGGGCUCUUCCGGUCCGUGCUCUCUUCCCCGCCCUUCCGGGCACCGUUUGCACCACCUGAACCACUCGACAGCUACGCCACCGAUUCAGCAUCUGCCCACUAACUUGCGCCGGCGUCAAAUAGUUUACCAACACGCGCUGCGGCAGUGGGCACGUUUGUCAGCUUUACGGAAAACUUUUUGGGCUGCAAAGAGCCGAGGCAGUCUGCAUAUUUAUUAUCGUGACUUUGGCUGGGGUUGUUUGUAAGGAGCCAGGCAGCUCCCUCUCUGAACAGAUCAUCCGAAGGGUCCCCACACCCCUCGCCGCCUCCUUGUUUUAUUACUCCUGGUGCCAGUGACGAGGUGAGUCCAAUCUGUCGGGGCCCAUGUUUUGCUCAUUGCAUUGUUUAGCACGAACCCCAAGCGCAAUUCGUGGAGUCGCGGUGGUGAAUCAUGUCGAGUUGAAGCCACACUGUGGUUGAGGCACCCACCAGCAAAUCAGCAGCAGCAGAGGAUGCCUGUAGGAAGUUGGUUACUUGAUCUGUCUGUGGACUUUGAGCGUUAUUCCCUCAUAUGCGUGGCUUUUUUUAAGCAAUACGGUUUCCUGUCACGUGAAAAACUGAAAAAAAAAUUAUUGACCAAACGUCCAAAAUGGAAAUAAUUCUUAUGACCAGCUGUGAGACCUUAACGAGGCUUUACCGGGUAAAUUAAUUAUAUCGUGUAAGUUGAACUACUCAAAUUGGCCAAACAUCCCAUAUCGGUCCCUCCUGAAACCCUAUAAUCGUCUACUGCAUUGAGAACAUUCUUUAUUGGUCGACUCCCUUUGUUUGAGCAGCCAAAGUGGCAUGGGCAUUUAAAUAAAACACAGCCGACAGCAUUGGCCUCAUUAAUGACUCACACCUCUUCACCAACCCCCCUCCUUCCUCAGACCUUUAAAAUAUAUUUUUCCACUGUGCAACCGAGCCGUGCCGGGUGCCUGCCGAGCCAGCCCAGUGUGGGUUAGGUGGCCGCCCGGUUGUUUUUCCAUUGCGUGCCGCUGAUGCCACACACAGUGAAAUAAUGGAGAUGCACGUAGAUAACGUGUAGGUGGCACACGCAAUGAACGCAUUAUUAGCCCUGGCCCUGCUUGACACGGAGCCAGGCCUGUGUAUUUACGGUGUGGUUCUGGUUCGGCUUGGCAGAAAGACCGUGGAAAACUGACUGUACCGUGAAGGCCCCACACUGGCUUGGCUCAGAUGUGCCAAUGGAAAAGGCAUAUUGGCCUCCGACACACCUGGUAAUUGUUACCCCUAUGCUGCUGAUUAACUGAAAUAGCCUUGCAUCCGCUCCCAGCCGUCAAGUGAUGCAAAUGCACGCUAUUGCCGAAUCAUUUUGCCAUCAUCUGUCGUAUUUUCAUAGUAGUGAUUUUUUGUAAUAGACUUUCUUGAAUGUGAAGCUGUGAGUUGGCAUGGUUUGAUAGUCUGUUUUAUGUACAGGUAUAUGAUGAUUUGGUAAGUCGCUAUUGAGAAUAAUACUUUGACUUCUCAAAUCAAAUAGUUUGACAAUUAUAUUGUUUGAAAACACGUUUUAAAGUGCUUAUUUAAAAACGAUAUGAUGAUAAUGAUGAUUGAAUAAUGAGAUUGAGCGUUAAACACAAGAAAACAGUGAAUGCAAAAUAGAGCGCUGUAAAAAGCGAAUCAAGUAUGGUUAAAAAAGUGUACUACCCCACAACAUUGCAAAUGUGUUUGAAACGUUUCGCUGGACAUCCCAAGCGUUUGCGCCCGAUGAUUGUACUGCAGUUGCAAAUACUUGGUGGUAGAUCAUUUUGAAGCAACCUAGGCAUUACCCUAAGCUGCGUAUCAAACUUUCUACGGAAUUGUCGGAUGUUAUGGCCUCCUGUCUAUCUUGGCCUGUGUUUUUACUCCAUGUUGUGCGAUAAAUUAAGCCCUUAGAUAAGUAUUACAAUCAAUGAUAAUUAGGCCCCGUAACGAUUUGGUUCCCCUCGCAAUUUGAUGAAUCAGGGUCGUGAUUCAAUUCGAUAAUUUUUGGUUUUAAGCUCAAUUGAUCGCCAAUAAAACUGACGCUAACCAAUUAUACACAACGUAUUUGAAUUGUAUGUAAAUGAUCCGUACGCGCAAGAUUACAAUUUAGUAUCAUGAUCGUAAAUCUCUCUGAAUCGAUGCAUCAUUACAUAUCCAUUAUAUAUGCGGUAUAUGCUUUAGUGUCCCUUGGUAACGAUGUUGGAGAUCCAGUUACGGCCGUCACAACCAAACAAAAACAGCUGUUUCAGGUACGAUCUCGACCUCCGUGUCCUGAAUUGUCCAACGAAAAAUGAUGUUCCUUGCCUCGUAGAACUCAAUUCUAACUCCUGUUGGGGAAGCAGGAUUGCCUGCUGGCACAAUCUAUCUUUUUGUAAUCAAAUUUAAGAACGUGUUUGAGUCUUUUUUUGCUGGAUUGAUAGGGAAAUGGAUUUUAAAUUAUUCUUGUUUUGAUCACUGUAAAGCAUCCUGAUGGGAUGCUGUAGAUGAAAAGUGCUAUCAAAAAUGAAACCGUGUACAUUUGAAGCUUCAUGUGUGAGACAAGAAAAAAACUGAAGGAAUUUAAGUUGACUCUGAAGAAGCACGCUUUUGUGCCCACGAGGGAAACAGAUUCGAUUUAAAGUUCGUUUCCCACCAACAAAGCUACAGAACCCCUUGUCAGACAAGCCCCUCCGGACGCAAAACUUGCGUACGCUUUAUUUAUUUUAGAGUUGCAUCUUCCCGUAAAAAGGUUCCCUCGUGCAAGUCGCACGAGAGAGACCCACUUUGUCGACCCGCUCAUAAUUCAAAUCGGCUCACCGCGUCAUUCCCACCGCAUUGCCUCGACGAAUUGGAACGCCCAAACCGAAUGCAGCGUGCCAGCGUGCGCCAUGGCAUAGUCGCUUGGUGGAUUAGUCCAAGCGACGACGACAGAGCGUCUUUACUUGAACCUCGGCAGGUGCUUCCCUUAAAAUCUGAUGAGAGCUUCCUAGACAAUGCAUUGUCAAGUCCCUCCCCCCCCACUCCCCGCCCAUUAAGAACAUCACCUCUCGAGCUCUAAGUGAAUGCUAUGCAUUUAUUUACUUAGGUGAGCAGCAAAUUGCAUUCGUGCAGUUUGAAGUCCAUUGAUGACCUCCAUCUCACGCCACCGCUGAGGAACCUCACGUUCCGGGAAAGAACAGCAAUGCCACGGCAUGGGAGUGAGUGCUGCAUUGUCAAUACACCUGCCCCAACCUCCCCUUAAUAUAUUUUCUCUCGUUGCUGCUCAGUUCCACGAUCCUUAUUGCAGAGCGUUAAAUUCCCUACAGGAGUGAACCAGCAGGCACCAAAUAAAGAGCGCAUGGUUCUCGACACUCGACAUUGUGCCCUUUAAAAGUCGCGCUCAUUUUUUGACUUUUAGAUUGUUUAGCGAAUCGCGUGGAUAGGUGGUGAUUGUACGGGCGAAUUUUAAACGUUUGCAUCGUUGGGUAUUUACAGCCAGACUUUAAAAUCACGAUCACAAAACCACGUGAGUGACAGCCUUCCAGCCGCUCGCACCAACACUGAUGAAAUUAAGGGGUUGGAAAACGCAAUGUUGUGCAGUAUCUUUAUUGCCAGUGAUGGACGGAGCUAACAUAGUCACGUCAGAUCGCGAAUUCUUCGGAGGCAGUCGUGUUGGGUUGUCAUGCCAAAAGGAAAACUUGUUCUCCGCUGUAUAUAAGAUAACGUAUUGCUAAGACUCUAUCAGCCAUCAUUGCACUACUACGAUUAUAGUUUCACAGUUGCUUUUCAGUGUGUCGAAUGGCUCUCCUCUUCAUUGGUCUGAAUGACUGCCUUGAAACCUAUAGGUAAUGGUAUGGUUAAACAAUGUGGUUUAUAAUGCAAUGGUUUUGUUCCAAUAAAACAAACUCUGUAAAUGCUUAAUUCGGAAUGUUAUUUUUUGAGAGUAAUGAUUUUAUUGUGAUUAAAACAUUUUGUAAAAUGUUUGUACAGCAUAGUGACUGUGACUGAAAUACGUCUUUUAAAUGUAUUCCAUGAAACGGUAAAUAAAUAUGUUUAUACUGCAUGUGUUUAUACUGACGGAAA